GCGGCCGCCUCCCACCCGCGGGAUCCCGGCGGUCGGCAGCCAGCUCACGCGUCCGUCCGUCGGCGGCGUAGUCUGUCCGCGCGUGGCAAGCCCGGCGACCCGGCGCGGGCGGCCGCGGGAGGAGAGGGCGCGGAGGCGGGACCGCGGCUCCCUCCCGCCCGGGAGGCGACGGUGCCGAAGCGCGAUCGGGAGGCAGAGGAGAGGCAGAGGCGAGGCGGUCGCGAGCACGAGUGGGGUGGGGCGUGCCCGCGGGCCCCCGCCCCCUGGGCCCUCCGCGCAGCUCGGGAGCCGCAGCCGGGAGGCCGGCUGGGGACACGCCGUCUCCCUCCCCCGUGCGUUCUUCGGCCCCCCGGGCCUUCCAGGACGCGGGGAGCAGGGCCCCGGGGACAGGGACGCCCCUGCAGCAGGAGCCGUCGGUGGGGCGGCCCAGAGGAGGCCAGCAGCCCCGCCGGGCCAGGCACAGGGCCUGGGACGCAGUUGCGAGCGCAGAGGGCUGGCUGGGCGCCGCGGGAGCAGCAGGCGGGGCGCCUCGGGGGACAGGCCCUGCGCUGCCUGGGAAGAAGGACAGACCAGCCGGCGAGAGACUGGACCGAGAGCAGGGGCGGCUGCCUCACUCCCUGCGCUGGGCCGAGGGAUCCAAGGAAUUGAGAGCAACAAAGACACUUGCUGUCCGAGCAGCACCAGCACCGGCACCUGAGACAGCGCCAGGAGCCUGGGACCCUCCCACACUCAUGUAACUGAGGCCCCUGGGCCUCCUGGAGGCCAGGCAGCGAGGACGGAGGCCACACAGGCCUCGCUGCUUCCCUGGGGAGAGGGGACGUCCCCCGCCUGCUCCCCGGCCCAGGCCCAGGCGCUGGGCCAGUCACCGCGGGGUCCUGGCCCCGGAGGCGGCAGCGGCCAUGUCCCGGCCAGGCCAGGGCGUCAUGAUGCAGGUGAACGGGCUGGGCUUCCCGCCGCAGAACGUGGCCCGCGUGGUGGUGUGGGAGUGGCUGAAUGAGCACAACCGCUGGCGGCCCUACUCGGCCACCGUGUGCCACCACAUCGAGAACGUGCUCAAGGAGGACGCCCGCGGCUCCGUGGUCCUGGGGCAGGUGGAUGCCCAGCUGGUGCCCUACAUCAUCGACCUGCAGUCCAUGCACCAGUUUCGCCAGGACACAGGCACCAUGCGGCCGGUGCGGCGCAACUUCUACGACCCCUCGUCGGCGCCGGGCAAGGGCAUCGUGUGGGAGUGGGAGAACGACGGCGGCGCCUGGACGGCCUACGACAUGGACAUCUGCAUCACCAUCCAGAACGCCUACGAGAAGCAGCACCCCUGGCUCGACCUCUCGUCGCUCGGCUUCUGCUACCUCAUCUACUUCAACAGCAUGUCGCAGAUGAACCGCCAGACGCGCAGGCGCCGCCGGCUGCGCCGCCGCCUGGACCUCGCCUACCCGCUCACCGUGGGCUCCAUCCCCAAGUCGCAGUCGUGGCCCGUGGGCGCCAGCUCGGGCCAGCCCUGCUCCUGCCAGCAGUGCCUGCUGGUCAACAGCACGCGCGCCGCCUCCAACGCCAUCCUGGCCUCGCAGCGCCGCAAGGCGCCCCCCGCCGCCCCCCCGCCGCCCGCGCUGCCCCCCGGAGCACCACCCGCGGCGCUCGCCCUGCGCCCCAGCGCCACCUUCGCCGGCCCCACGCUCUGGGCCGCGCCCGCCACCAGCCCCACCGAACCUGCGCCGCCGCCCGGGGCGCCCCCGCGGAGCCCGAGCGCCCCCAGCGGCGCGCCCACCCCGGGCCAGAACAACCUCAACCGGCCGGGACCCCAGCGCGCCUCCGGCGUGAGCGCACGUGCCUCCAUCCCGCCCGGGGUCCCCGCGCUCCCGGUGAAGAACUUGAAUGGGACCGGCCCAGUCCACCCGGCCCUGGCAGGGAUGACCGGGAUCCUGCUUUGCGCCGCUGGGCUGCCCGUGUGCCUGACCCGGGCACCCAAACCUAUCCUGCACCCGCCGCCGGUGAGCAAGAGCGACGUGAAGCCCGUGCCCGGUGUGCCUGGGGUGUGCCGCAAGACCAAGAAGAAGCACCUCAAGAAAAGUAAGAACCCUGAGGAUGUGGUUCGAAGGUACAUGCAGAAGGUGAAGAACCCACCUGAUGAGGACUGCACCAUCUGCAUGGAGCGGCUGGUCACGGCGUCGGGCUACGAGGGCGUGCUGCGGCGCAAGGGCGUGCGGCCCGAGCUGGUGGGCCGCCUGGGCCGCUGCGGCCACAUGUACCACCUGCUGUGCCUGGUGGCCAUGUACUCCAACGGCAACAAGGACGGCAGCCUGCAGUGCCCCACCUGCAAGGCCAUCUACGGGGAGAAGACGGGCACUCAGCCCCCCGGGAAGAUGGAGUUCCACCUCAUCCCCCACUCGCUGCCUGGCUUCGCUGACACCCAGACCAUCCGCAUUGUCUAUGACAUCCCCACAGGCAUCCAGGGCCCUGAGCACCCCAACCCAGGCAAGAAGUUCACCGCCAGAGGCUUCCCGCGCCACUGCUAUCUGCCCAACAACGAGAAGGGCCGGAAGGUGUUGCGACUGCUCAUCACCGCCUGGGAGCGGAGGCUCAUCUUCACCAUCGGCACCUCCAACACCACGGGCGAGUCGGACACCGUGGUGUGGAACGAGAUCCACCACAAGACCGAGUUCGGAUCCAACCUCACGGGCCACGGCUACCCAGACGCGAGCUACCUAGACAACGUGCUGGCCGAGCUCACAGCCCAGGGCGUGUCGGAGGCCACGGCCAAAGCCUGAGACCCCAGGCUGCCCACCUUCCCUCCUGCUUCGCCCCUGGCCCAGCACAGGCCUCCCUCCACCAGGUGUGUCCUCCUGGUGGCCCAGGUUCAGGGCUGGGGAGGAGCCUAUGGAAGAAGCCAGAAGCGCUCUGGACAUUUGGCUGAUGGCCACUGGGAAUGAUGGGAAGACGGCAGGCCAGCCAGCUCCGACUCUGGGAGGGUCGCAGGGAGAGCACCAGAAACCACAGCGACCUCCCUCCCACCCCUCACACAAACAGUGUCCCGUUGAACACAUGCACGCACACCCACGUGCCUCUACUUGCCCCCAAUCUGGGGGGGAAGAGACAGAAGAACCCUGUGACACUCCAUGUGGAUCCCGUGUGUGUCUGUCACCUCCGUCCAUACAAGCUUGUCUGCCAGCAGGAUUCAGGUCAAGCACUUAGGGACCUGCUGGGGCUCCUGGGGGAGAAGGGGGCCCUUGGGGAGCUCCGCUGACCCCGUCUGUGUCACCAUCUCUGCCCUGAGCAGUUCUGCAAAGGGGCCGGCCAGAGAGAGGGGGCCUAGAGGUAUCAUUUGUGCUCGUGUCUCCUCAUCCUCUGGGACCCUGACCUCCUCCUCCUCCGCCGCCCCUCCCAUCCCCAGGCCUAGGUCUGUCCCAGAUAAAGGCGCUGUUCUCCUUUCCUCCCACCCCAUCCUCCCCACCAAGUCGUUUCCAAUGUCGAGACCCAAAGGCCGGGGCUUCUGGCUUCGGGAGCGAGGCGAGGAGGCCUGGCUUAAGCCAGCGGGUCUGAAAAAGCAGACUGGAGAGCAGAGCGUCCAUUUCCCUUGCUUGGAAGUGGGCAGUGGGGUGGCUGAUGGUCUCGACCAACCAGGGGCCUGUUGCCCAGGCAACUCACCAGCUCCGCCUCUGUUGAUUGGCUGCCACGGUGGAAGUCAGCCAAGAAUUAAAGGGACGCCAGUGAUCGCUCUUUUGAAAACCUACCAGUCCCACUGUGGGUGGAGAAAUAAACGGUCUUUCUCCUC